GUUCGCCUCUGCUGCCAAGCCUCUUCUGUAUAUAUAUAUAUAUAUAUAUAUAUAUAUAUAUAUAUAUAUAUUCUAUAAAGUAGCUCAUUGAUUCUCUAUCAUCUUCCUCCAGACUGUAGAGAGAGAAAGUAAGCAAGCCGGCCGCAAGUCAUCAUCAGUUGUCUUUGCUUUUCAGAUCCAUCUUCAUUUCGUUUUCGUUGAUUUAAAAUGGCUGACGGUGAGGAUAUUCAGCCCCUUGUUUGUGACAAUGGAACUGGAAUGGUUAAGGCAGGAUUUGCUGGUGAUGAUGCUCCUCGAGCAGUGUUUCCCAGUAUUGUGGGUCGUCCCCGUCACACUGGUGUUAUGGUCGGAAUGGGACAGAAGGAUGCCUAUGUGGGUGAUGAAGCUCAAUCUAAGAGAGGUAUCUUGACCUUGAAAUAUCCCAUUGAGCAUGGUAUUGUUAGCAAUUGGGAUGAUAUGGAGAAGAUAUGGCAUCACACUUUUUACAAUGAGCUUCGAGUUGCUCCUGAAGAACACCCUGUUCUCCUAACGGAGGCACCCCUUAAUCCUAAGGCCAACAGAGAGAAGAUGACCCAGAUUAUGUUUGAGACGUUUAACGUUCCAGCUAUGUAUGUUGCUAUCCAGGCCGUGCUUUCGUUGUAUGCUAGCGGUCGUACCACUGGUAUUGUGUUGGACUCUGGUGAUGGUGUGAGUCACACUGUCCCUAUAUAUGAAGGUUAUGCUUUACCACAUGCAAUUCUUCGUUUGGACCUUGCUGGUCGUGACCUUACUGAUAGCUUGAUGAAGAUCCUCACUGAGAGAGGUUACAUGUUCACCACCACUGCUGAACGCGAAAUUGUCCGUGAUAUGAAGGAAAAGCUUGCUUAUGUGGCUCUUGACUACGAGCAGGAACUUGAAACCGCUAGGAGCAGUUCCUCCAUUGAAAAGAACUAUGAGUUGCCAGAUGGACAGGUUAUUACCAUUGGUGCUGAGAGGUUCCGUUGCCCGGAGGUUCUCUUCCAACCAUCAAUGAUUGGAAUGGAAGCUGCGGGUAUCCAUGAGACUACCUACAACUCCAUCAUGAAAUGUGAUGUAGAUAUUAGGAAGGACCUCUAUGGUAACAUUGUUCUCAGUGGUGGCUCCACCAUGUUCCCUGGUAUUGCUGAUCGGAUGAGCAAGGAAAUCACUGCUUUGGCUCCAAGCAGCAUGAAAAUUAAGGUUGUUGCACCACCUGAGAGGAAGUACAGUGUCUGGAUUGGAGGAUCCAUUCUUGCAUCCCUCAGCACGUUCCAGCAGAUGUGGAUCUCAAAGGGCGAGUAUGAUGAGUCUGGUCCUUCCAUUGUCCACAGGAAGUGCUUCUAAGAUGGUGCUUUAUAUUUACUUAUAGUGCGAGUUUCCUGUUUGUUUUCCCAGUUUUGCUAUUAUGUCCCCAGUGAAUUUGGUUUUGCUGGGAUGGAGAAGUUUGGUGGUGGGGCUAUGAAUGCAGGGCAACAAACAACAAAUAGCCAGUAUUAUCUCAUGUUUCCAUUUAUGUGGUUAAUGUUCUCUACAUACUUGUGAGGUGCUCUCAUGCAUUGCCCUUUUCUGUCUGGGUACACCAUCCCUUGAUCAAAGUCGCUUUUUUAGGUUGUGUUAGUUGGAGGAGGGUGAUUUUGUUUUUUUUUCCUUGUCUUUUCUGUCAUUUUCUCCUUUUAUCUGAUUUCGCUCUUUUGUGGUUCCUUUUUUUUCUUGGAAACAAUAAUGUCAAUAUUUGUUGAAUGAGAAAAUUCCUAUUAUCAGUUUGAGGGAAUCA